GUGUUGGGGACACACUAUCCAUCCUGCUGAUGGUGGCAAGGAAAGCACAAGGCCCUGGGCCUCAGCAGCCAGCCUGCAACGCCCCCUGCAGAAAACUGCUAUUUUAGCUAAAUUGGAAGGACUGGCAGCUGUUGCCCCAGGGGCCAGACAACCCUCCUCCUCCUGCAGAGCUGCAUCCCUCAGAGGUGAUUUGUGAGCCUGUACACUUCUGACCCAUGGUAAAGGGGAGCUCCCAUCGUGAGGGAGCAUUAAUGUCACUAGCUUUAGCCAUUAAGGAGGGGAUCUUGUGCUUGUCUCGAGACUGAAGUGCUCGCUCUUUAGCCUCACAAGCUGUUGGUAACAGCACCUGAGGAGGUCAGUAAUUCUCCAGAGCAUGAUACAUCCUGGCCUACACCUUCAGCUGAUUUAGCCUGCUCAAACAGAAGAAUCAUGCAAAAGCCAAGGGAAUGUGCCAGGCCUCUCUCUCCCAGGCAGUCCCUUGUUUGUUCAUUAACUGGCCAGAGGAGUGAUUCUCAGGUCACUGACUGUGGUAACUCGUGCACGAAUGGGCUGAGGCUGGACAUGUCAUGCCAAGGGAGCUGCAACAAAGGAGAGCUCCUUCCAUCUUAGGUGGUUGGGCUGCCUGCUUCCCCCUGGCCCUGAAAUCCCUUGGCUGUGGAUUCCUUUUGUUCUGGCAGACUGUGAGUUCCUUCCUCGCUGCCCCUGUGACAGUGCCUGGAAAAGAGGUCAGAGCUGUGGGCUGAGCCCUAGGUGGGACUGUCUCCCAGUCCUUGGGUGAAGCUGCCUGAUGGGGUGUGCUCCCCUCCCUGGGAGGGCAGCUUCCCCGGCUGUGCUCCAGCAGCUCUCCACGAGCACCCUCAGAGCCAUCCCCACGCAGCCUCGGCCCAGCCAUGAGGUCACAGGCCAUGUACAGAAAGCCAGAGCUGCUCAUUUUAUAGCACAGCAGCGAGAGAGCCCACUAGGGCUGGGAAAGGGCAGCCGCAGCCUUCGCAGCAGGCUGUGACACCCUGUGCCUGCAAAGGCCUGCAGAGCUGAGCAUCAGCAGAGCCAAGUAAAACUAAAAUACACCCCUGGAGAGGGAUAUGGAGGGCAGGGUGGGAGCAAGGCUGUCGCCAUGGCCAGGGACAAGGCCACACGAUGGCAGUUUUUCUGCACAAAUGCUUCAGCACACGCUGAAGGACCUUCAGGGAGUUCAGCAGUGCUGACCGGCUGGUGGCUUUUUCCCUAACUUCUGACCCCACAAGAGGGUGGAUGUUGAAACGUUGAUCACGUGUAGAGGGGUAAAAAAAGGAAUAACCUCUGGGGAGUUGCAGAAAUUUGGAGCACUUAGCCUUUGCCAAACUGGGAGCUGCAUUUGCAAGAGCAGCCACAGCCACCUUCUGAGCAGCACAAACUAUUAAGGGUCAUAUCUGUAUGCCUGUGACACACCUAAGCAAUGCGCACUGUGGUGUAACAAAGCUGCUGGUGGCUCAAUAGCUGCUCCACACGUUUCCAGACCUGCUGUAGCAAAAUCUGAUGAUCACUUAUUUCAAGGUCUGUAAACACUUGGCUUGCCAGCAAACGCACAGGACAGCUGCUUAGCAUCUCCAUAAUGCCCAGCCAAAAAAAUGAAAACUUGAGACUCAAGAACCUGCAAGGUAGCCUGCUAUUAGCAAUAGUAUCAUUGGUAACGAGGAGAAACAGAGAUGACCAUUUCUCUGGAGUCUGUCAACAGGGUCUGCAAUAUGCACUAAUUUAAUCUUGUGCAUCUUCAGCCUUUAUUGCCACUGUCUCAGUAGUGAUUAGAAACCAGAGAUUUUUUUUAAUGUAAAUAAUAAAAUUUGUGCUAUAAGAAUAUAGCUGUAGCACCCUGAUCCACUUUCUACAACACAUGAUAUUAGAAAGCUUCUAAUGAAUUUGAAGAAAAUGUAAUUUUAACUAGAAGUAAAAGUUUAAGGAAGCAAUAAGAAAAAACAGAGGUGAGCAUGGUGUUCUGCUUGGUUCUUGAUGGGGUUUAGGAGAGGUGCUAAAAGAUGUGUAUAGAACAAGAAACUCCUGUUUCUAGUCAAAUAUUAAAUAAAAUUAGGCCUAGUUCUUAAAUUCAACAGGCUUUAGCAAAAAUUAGUUUGAAAUAUUAGUAUAAUGAAUUAGUUAUUACAGCAAGUAAUCCCACAGAAGGGUACAGAAUGAGAAAAAAAUCUCCAAAAGGUCUCACUAAAGUUCAACAUGAUCCGCUCUCCCAUAUGACUCUGCAAAAACUUUCAUGGCUAAACCUCAGACUUGCUCUCAGCUCAGCCAAGGCACAUGGCUGUUUUCUCAUUAUCUCUCAGCAUAAGAGGGUGUUAUUAGUUUAGUGAUAGUCUGGAGGGUUGGGGGGUGGGUUGUACUUACUACUUCUUGCUUUUCUCUUCUCUCUCUCUCUCUCUCAAAGGUGUUCAGAGUUUAAAACCAGAAAGGUAUCUGUAAACUAGCCGUAGCCUGCAAAAUGCAGCUGACAGUGAAGUAUAAUCCUCCCUCAGUUACUUGAAUUUUGCAGUCUCACAACAAUUGUUUAAGCAGACUUUAUUGAAAGAGAAAAGUAGCAACUGAAUAAAUGCACAGAAGGGACUAACUUAACCAACCCUUUGGAUAAAAGUCAGGGUAGGGCAAAAAGUGUCAUGGGAGUGUUUUAAUCCAUCAGAAAUGUGAUGACUAAAUAAGCAAUUACUACUCUGAAUACGUGCCAUCACUGGGCCCCUCCUACACUCACUUAGGAGUAUUUCCACAUUUCUCAUGCAAUCUGCCUGUGUGACAAAUCUGCACACAUGCUGUACCCAAUUAGUGUCAAGCAUAAGUGCUGCUCAGGAUGUGUCUCAUGUCUCUAAACCCCUCCUGGAAGCAAUUUUCCCAGCAUACAAAGAAUAAAUCACUAUUCUCCUAACUUUCUCAGAGGACAGUCACCAAAUAAGGGCAAAAUAAACACAUGUAAUACAUGAUAAAGCAUGCUAAUAAAUUAGAUAAUAUUCUUCCAGCAGAAGUAGAUGCAGAGUAUUAGCUGCUUUAAGUGUUAAACAUUACAUGUAAUUAGUCAGGGUAGGUGAGACAAGGCACUUGAAUGGGCACUUGUGGAAAACUAGUGGAACAGCCUGCUUAAAAAACAACCCAAACAAAAAAACCCCCAAAGAACUAGAAAAGAAGAAAAUCAAUGCACACCUACUACAGGAAGCAUAAGUUACUUUGUGUCCCAGCCUCUCCAGAAGCACCAGUACAUGACAAAGAGAGCAGAGGGAGGGUACGCAACCUGCUCUGCACAUGCCCUCAUUGGGCACCGACUGCACCAGGGUGAAACAGUUAGCUUAAUUCGACAAAUGACAACAUGACCACACCUUGUAUAAUCAAUAGACACACUGUGCUAUUGGAAUGUCCUUAGUAGUCUCCUAUGACACCAGCUAUCACUCUUCACACACAUUUUCAAGUGACCAAACAUCAUGCUUAGACAGAGGCAAUGCUUGCUGAGAAAAAGGAACUCUUACACCAGGAUGUACCACAAAUCCUCCUGAAAUGAAGCCAAACCCCAAACUGUAUUUUAGUCCAGCAGCGGAAAGGUUGGGUUACCUCUGAGCAGGCCUAGAAGGAGCUCAGGAGGCCAUGGAAGCUGGGCUGCUUCCUUAGGUGAGAAUACUAUGGGCCAAAGACAAGAUACUAGCAUAAGAAAGGCUUAAUUAAUUAGUUAAUUAUGUACCCAGGGGCAGCUGUAGUGGGAAACACCAAGGUGAAAAUGCCUGUUUCAGUGUAGCUGGUGUAUGUUAGGUGCUGAGCUGGGCUUCCUUUUUCAGCUCUCGUGCACAGGAGAGGUCUACCCCUGCUUUCCUACUCUCUUGUUGCCUUCUGCUGAAGGCUGGCUGGGUCAGAAACCAUCACCUGCUAGUGAAGGAGCAGCUCCCCUGAAAAGAAAGCAGUCAGUGGUGGCUUCAGUUUAAUAUUGUGCCGAAGAAGUUACAUGCACCAGAGGUGGAUGAGAAGGGCUCAGAGGAGAGCACCGAUGAGCUUACCACAGGUAUAGGACAAGCAAAGCCAAACAGAGGGAUGCUUUGUUUCAGGUUAUUCUAAGAGAGGCAGUGAGGAUUAUGAGGAAACAGUUUGUAUGUCUUUCUCCUGCCAGAAGACAGAGCAUUAAACUUGUAGUCAAAGAAGUAAAUUGGUACUCUGAGUGGCCGAGAGUGUAUAGCAGCCUAUAUAGAGCAAGACAGCCAGAGCAUAUGGGUGCUGCACAGCCAGGCAGUGAGGACAUGCAAGCAGUCGCAGGCAUGUGAGAAAUUGCCUGUGGGCAACUCAAGGACCUGAAGGACCUUUGUCUUUCAGGACUGUCCAUCCUGAUCUCUGAUAUUUGUGAUUAUCAGAACUCAAGAGGCCAUUAAUAAGAGUUACAGGUAGCAAAACAGAUUGCCGUGAAAGGGCAAAGAGAAACCCCUCUGUUUACCACCAUUCCCUCAGGCUAAUCAGGAACUGGAGGCUGGAUCCAGCCUAGGCUGCUCCCUGUUGCUUUCCAAGAGUGAGCAGACAAUGCACUGCGAAUGACACUUGACCAUAUAACAAAUGGAGGAUUUGCAUCCAUUCACUUUUUAUAUGUGUUGCUGGAAAAGCACACCUAACUUGAUAAAAAUCUAACUUCCAGCUAUGAAAUCCAGAGAACUUUUGCACCUGGUAAAGAUUCAGGUGGAAAUCUAUCACAGGGUGCGUGAUGAGACCUGAGAGACCGCUGGCCUCUAGUGAAAGCAAAUGCUAGGCAGGGGAGGUUCGCUUAGGAAAUGCUGAUAUUUUCUUUGCUUCAGCUGACUUAGGUAUUGGGAUUCCUGUCUGAUACUAAGCAGAUAAGCUUGGUGUGGGGUUUCAGGGAAUUGAGCAUGCCCCGGGGGGGCUGAGGGCUGGCCCAAGCAGGGUGGAUUACCUGGGAGUAAAUGGCCAGUGCUGCUCCUCGCAACCCAGCUGGUUUCUGGCAAUCAGGGCUGGCUGCCCCACCUCACUCAUACCCCACACACCUGCAAACACAGCAGGAGAUCGUCCUGUUUUCAAGCUUAUCACCUGGUCAGGGUGGUGUAAAGUUCUUCCUCAGAGGGGUAGCUGCACUUCUUACCUACGCAGGAGCCCUCAGCGACUUCAAGUGCAGAACAAACAGCAGAGGAAGAGUUUGAACGUGGCUCAGUCUGUGGUGCCUCGGUGAGCCCAUCCAUAACCCGGAGGUGACUCCGGUUUUGUGUUUUCAGCAUCUCUCUGGUUGCAGGAGACAGACGUGAUGGAUGGUUUCCCUUCCCUGCCAGCGGUCCAGCUGCUCCAUCACAGGACACGGCAGCCCUGGGGCACGGGGACGUGGGCAGCGGGUCUGCCUCGGGGAUGAUGGUGGGGGCUGUUCCUGGGGGCCCCAGCCCAGAAGGUUGGACCUGCCCCCCCUCUGGCAAUGUCCUGUUCCUGAUGAGAGCGUGGAUUGGCCCUCGGCCACCUUCCCCAGAGCUCGGGGACACGGAAAACACGCAGCUCCUCCCGCCAUGCCUGGAGCGUGGCCGCCGGUGGCCGGGGGCCGCCGCCGGUCUCGCUGUGAGUCAGGGCAGGACACGUGAGGCCCCAGCGCCGGCCCCAACGCCUUCCCGCCCGUCUGCCAUCGCGUGCCAGGGCUGGCACUGAGCACACCCUGCCCCGGGAUCCCGAACCAUCGCACAGCCCUGCAGAGCUCUCCUACAACCACAGAGAAGAGCACACAGCACAUAAGGAGAAACACAAACCAGGUACAGCAAUGGAGAACUUGAAUAUCUUAUUCCCAGAUUUUACUGAAGAACAGCAAGACAUUUUCCAGAGAGUUUUUACUGCUGAUGCCACUUACUUGGAGAAUCAUGAGAAAAUGGACCAGUCCUUCUGGGAAUCACUUGUAAAAUGUUUAGCCACCACUGACCCACCCAUCCUGAAUGCUGAAGAAAAGAACAAUCUCCUCAACAGCUGCAAUGUCCUGCCUGGAGGCUGUGCGGCCUGCCUGAAAGCCAUAGAGAAGAAAGGAGUCAGGGCAAUGGCUGUUCUUUACCUCUUGCUGAAGACAACCAACCCAUCUGGAUAUAGGCAGCUGCCCAGCUCCAAGGGAAAGGAUGAAAAAUUGAAACUCCUGAAGAGAUGUGAAAGAAAUCUCAUGCUUUCACAAGGGGAAAAAAAGGCUGAAAACUCAUCCCAUGAGUCCAUGGAUGAAGAUACACAAGACAGUGAUGGGGAAGAUUUAGGAAGACAGAAGACUGAAGGCCAGUUACUUGGAGGCAUACCAGCAGAGGUUGUUCCCUACAGAGAUUCAGAGAUUACCAGAAGAGAGGAUUCAAUUGCAGAUGCAUAUGAGAACACUCGCCUCCAUCAGUGGACAGUACGGUGGAUGGGCAUACGGAAGGAUGAUGAAUUCUUUCAUUUUGUCAUUCUUUGCUUUGCAAUUGGAACUUUACUAAUUUGCUACUACUACUACAAAGAUUGGACUAUUUCUCUUGGAACUGGUUUAAUCACCUUUGCCUCCCUGGAAACCACUGGGAUAUACUUUGGUCUAGUGUAUCGAAUUCGGAGCGUACUUGACAGCUUUGUUCCUCUGAUUGGCAAAUUCAGGCCGACAGGUAUGAGGAAAGCUGCCUAGCAGGAGUAUUUCAGGACAGUUCCACAAAACCCUUCUGGCUGAAUUUCUACUAUUAAAAAAAAAAAAAGUUUUAUGAGGCAAACAUAAAAACCUAAUGGCUAACAUGAAAUACAGAAGUGUUAAACCAUAGAAAGACAUCAUUCCCUCCCCUCAAAAAUAAAGCUGAAACUGCAUUACAGGGUCCCAUUCUUUUUUCUGAAGUGAUUCAUGGCUCAGCAGAGCUCAUAAGACAAUCUAGAUGCAGGUUUAUUAAAUAUAAACACAUUCGCCUUCUCUCCCCCAUGCAACCAUGUUAGUCUGCCUAUGGUGUAUCAAAAUCAACAAAAUUACCAAUAUUAUCCUCCGCUGGUUCUGGAUUAGGCUCUGGAUGUUUCAGUAGGAAUCUUGGCAACCACAAAGCCACCUCCUCUUCACCCCUUGUGAUGUUGCAAACCAGGCAAACACCAGCUGCUUGCUUACACAGUUGAGCCCCAACAGUGCAAUAGCACUGAAGCAGAUUAAUUUAUUGUGGCAGAACUCAAUAUAGUGGGCGUAUAAUGAUUUCACCCAGUGAAAGCUGGGUGAGAUUUUACAUGCAGUGACAUAAUGGUGCAGUAAUGAGAUUAUUAACAGCAGCAAAUUUCAUCUCUUCUUCUGAGAGGAAAAAUAAAAUGCUUGAUUGACUCACCCCCCAACAUUUUUCUUUCUUUGAGUAAAAUAAAGUGCAACUUUGACAUUCUUUUAAUUUUACAGGGACAUGUUACACAUAAUAUAUGUAGGGCUAAUGCAAUCAUAGGCAGACUGCAAAAAAAGGGGAUACCUUUAAAUUUUCAGUAAAAAUGUAAGGUCUUCAUACCCAUAGAAGGAUGAAGACAUCAAGUCAGACACAGAGCCAUGAAACAUGAAAUUGUAAGGAAAAGUAAAUCUAAAAGCCAUUAGCCCAAACAGCCCAGAGUUUUAGAGAAGCAAUUUCAAGCCUUGCUCAGAAAAUCAAAACACUUACUUUUUAGAUGUACUUAAUUUUAAAUUUUAAGCACCAGCAUUGAUCGUUCUUGUGUGUUGCGGUUCCAUUUGCACAUCCAGAAAUAUCAGCAAUUGUAUGAAGGCCUGUACCAACACAGCACAGCAGUUACCUAACAUGUCAGGGGUUAAAUUAAGCAGUAAGGAUGAAUGCAAGUUAUUUCAUAAUAUUUAUGUUCUCAUUUAUAUAUACUAUUUACAUGUUUUUGUAUAAAUAGCCUGUCACACCAAAAUACUGUAUAUUUUGUGUUGUUAGUCUGCAAAUAAAAUCUUGCUCAGACCA